GUGAGCAGCCGGGGCUGAGGCGCGGGGCCACCCCCAGGCCGAGCGGGCGGGUCGUGCGGGCUGCGGCGCUCCGAAGCAGCCCCGCGCGGCGCCCGAGGGGGAGCCGGCUUCCAGCUCGCGGCCAUGGAGAAGUCGCGGCCGCUGUGGGCCAACCCGCUGCAGUUCGUCUUCGCCUGCAUCUCGUACGCCGUGGGCCUGGGCAACGUGUGGCGCUUCCCCUACCUGUGCCAGAUGUACGGCGGAGGCAGCUUCCUGGUGCCCUACCUCGUCAUGCUCAUUGUGGAGGGCAUGCCUCUCCUGUACCUGGAACUGGCCGUGGGGCAGCGCAUGCGGCAGGGAAGCAUCGGCGCCUGGAAGACCAUCAGCCCCUACCUUGGUGGUGUCGGCCUGGCCAGCGUGGUGGUGUCCUUCUUCCUGUCCAUGUACUACAACAUCAUCAACGCCUGGGCCUUCUGGUAUCUCUUCCACUCCUUCCAGGAUCCCCUGCCAUGGUCCGUGUGCCCGCUGAACGACAACCACACGGGCUACGACGAGGAGUGUGAGAAGGCGUCCUCCACCCAGUACUUCUGGUACAGGAAAACCCUCAACAUCUCCCCGUCCAUCCAGGACAGCGGGCGCGUGCAGUGGGAGCCGGCACUCUGCCUCGUCCUGGCCUGGCUGGUGGUGUACCUGUGCGUCCUGAGGGGCACCCAGUCCACUGGCAAGGUGGUAUACUUCACCGCGUUGCUGCCUUACUGCGUGCUCAUCAUUUACCUGGUCCGGGGCCUCACGCUCCACGGAGCCACUAAUGGCCUAGCCUACAUGUUCACGCCCAAGCUGGAGCAGCUGGCCAACCCCAAGGCCUGGAUCAACGCGGCCACCCAGAUAUUCUUCUCCCUGGGCCUGGGCUUCGGCAGCCUGAUCGCCUUCGCCAGCUACAACGAGCCGUCCAACAACUGCCAGAAGCACGCCGUCAUCGUGUCCCUCAUCAACAGCUCUACCUCCAUCUUUGCCAGCAUCGUGACCUUCUCCAUCUACGGCUUCAAGGCCACCUUCAACUACGAGAGCUGCUUGAACAAGGUGAUUCUGCUGCUGGCCAAUUCCUUUGACCUGGAGGAUGGCUUUCUGACCGCCAGCAACCUGGAGCAGGUGAAGGGCUACCUGGCGUCCACCUUCCCCGGCAAAUACAGCGAGGUGCUCCCACAGAUGAGAAACUGUAGCUUGCAAUCAGAGCUGGCCACGGCGGUCCAGGGCACCGGCUUGUCUUUCAUCGUCUACACCGAAGCCAUUAAAAACAUGGAGGUGUCCCAGCUGUGGUCAGUGCUCUAUUUCUUCAUGCUGCUGAUGCUGGGCAUUGGGAGCAUGCUGGGGAACACGGCGGCCAUCCUCACGCCUCUGACCGACAGCAAGGUCAUCUCCAGCCACCUGCCCAAGGAGGCCAUCUCCGGUCUGGUAUGCCUCAUCAACUGUGUCAUUGGCCUGGUGUUCACCAUGGAGUCUGGCAACUAUUGGUUUGACAUAUUCAAUGACUAUGCGGCCACGCUGUCCCUGCUGCUCAUCGUGCUGGUGGAGACCAUUGCUGUGUGUUACGUGUAUGGGCUGAGGAGAUUUGAAAGUGACCUUGAGGCCAUGACCGGUCGUGGCCUGAACUGGUACUGGAAGGCCAUGUGGGCCGGUGUGAGCCCCCUGCUCAUCGUCAGCCUCUUUGUCUUCUACCUGAGUGACUACAUCCUCACGGGGACCCUGCAGUACCAAGCGUGGGACGCCUUCCAGGGACAGCUCGUGACCAAGGACUACCCCCCAUAUGCCUUGGCCGUCAUUGGGCUGCUGGUGGCCUCCUCCAUCAUGUGCAUCCCCCUGGUGGCCCUGGGGACUUUCAUCACACGCGGUCUCAAGAGGGGAGACACGCCCCCCGCGGCCUGAGGACUGGGCUUCCCAGAGACCAUGCUCAGCUGCUCCCUGUCCGGCAGCUACGACUUACAGACGGAAUCUCCUUGGCUGCUUGGGACAAUAUUUGCUCCAGAAACACUCAGCCUGUCGUCUUCCUGAGUUCGUCAAGAAGGACAGUGGAGGAAGAAGGUUCCCUUGGGAGGACUCACACCCCACCCACGGAGCAGCCCCUGCUCCCCUCUGUGCCCCUCCCUGUGACCAGAGACGCGGGCUUUUCAAGGCCAGUCUGGAAGACAACUGCUUUCUUGACUCUAGGGAAGUCCUAGAAUUAGGCCACGCUGUGAGCUGAAAUUUGACUGUAAUUUUCAUGGAAUAAAAUUUAAGCGACUUUUUUUUUCUUCUGAAGAAAUCC